AUGUCGGUGACUGUGACACAGCACCUCGAAGGCAUUCGUGCCCGUGUAGAAAGUGAGAGGGGAUCCAAGCUCGUGGUUGCCCUGGAUACAUUCGUACAGAAGUCUUCGGAGUCGAGGACGCAGAGGCGUACCGGUAAUACCUCGCGUUCGCAAGGCCGUGGUCGUCCGGUUAGAAAAGUGCGUAGUCCUUUGGUUCAUCAACAAACGCCACCGUACCCAGGUCAGACUUCUCAAGCUUCAGGACUGCCCUCGCCGCAGCGUGGCGACCGCUCGGAUACCGCGAAUAGCAGUAAACGGCCAUCGCAAUCUGAUGUGGAGGCGGCAACGCAUGCCCCACCACCGGACGGCGCUCAUGAAAGCCAUAGCGAUCGCCAUCCCAGCACCUCGAGCACGAAUACCACACCAGAUCAUCCUCAGAAACAAAAUGACAGAGGCAAUUACGGAGAAGAGCUCCACGCGGCUGCUGUGGAAUCUACUCUCAAGGCCACGUUCCAAAGGGCUUGUGGUCUCCUACAGCGAGCCAUCGAUGUCGACGAACUCGUUUUUCUUGAUGCUUCCGUGGGCAGCUGGGGCGGCCUUGCGAAGGGCGAGGAGCUUUCAGAAGCACUCACCGAUUCGGGCACUGGCGGAACAGAUAGCGAGGACCAGCAACAACCCGUGCUGGAGUCGAAUCGCUGUCGCAUUCUUGGCCAGUGCCAUGUUCCCAGUAAUACGGCACUCAGCGAACCCUAUUCGGCCAACAGCGGCAUGAGCGAAGCGUUCUUGAAGACUAUGCUUCGGAGAUACCCCGAUGGAAAUAUAUGGAACUUUGACAGCAUUGACGAGUCCACGUCCUCAGACGAUAUGUCGCACCCACAGGGCGCAGCUCGCACAGGCCCGAACAACACUACUCAGUCCAAGGCGAAGAACCUCAAAAAGAGUCGCAGGGGCGAGGUGGCUGAACUCCAACGCAUAUUCCCUGAAGCCAAGAAUUUGUGUUUGUUCGGCCUUUGGGAUUACACACGCAAUCGCUGGUAUGCCGCUUGCGUCCUGUGGACCUCUGAUCCUAUUCGGCUUUUUGCCAGCGAAAGCGAGAUGAAUUUUGUCGCUGCCUUUUGCGAUGUCAUCACCGCCGAGGUGCACAACCGGGAGGUUGAAAGGUCGGACAAAGCUAAGGCGACCUUUAUCUCCUCCAUCAGCCAUGAGCUCCGGAGCCCUUUACAUGGCAUAUUGGGUUCUGCUGAGGUCCUGCAUGAUCAACCACUCGACGAUUUCAGCCAAAGCAUGGUGGCCCAGAUCACCGCUUGCGGGAAGAGCCUCCGCGACAUCAUUGAAAACCUUUUGGACUUUUCUCAGAUCAACUACAACGCGAAACAUGGCGCACGAAAGCCACGCAAAGACAUACUCAACGGCCUCAAGUCUCCCUUGUCAACAGUCUCGCACCCUGGCACCGUCGAUUCUCAACCCGAUUCUCCAGACAUCCGGCUCGACGAUAUCACGGAGGAGGUUGUGCAGUCGGUUGUUGCCGCAUACCUCUUCAACCAGAAAUUCGACAUGAAGAAAUCUGUCACAACCAUCCUCGAUAUCGAGAACCCGCUCAAAGGUAGUUGGAACAGUAAUAUCGAGGUCGGCGCAUGGAGAAGAGUGGUGCAGAAUUUGUUGACCAACGCCUUGAAAUGCACCGCCGAGGGACACAUCUACGUCACCUUGAGGACCGAGCGUUCCACAAGCCCGACUACACGACUGAAUGCCGUGCUCACCGUCCAAGACACAGGGAAGGGAAUGUCACAGGAAUUUGUUGACAACGAGCUAUUCGCAGCGUUUUCCCAAGAGGACACUUUUCUAGAGGGAACGGGUCUCGGCAUGCACAUUGUUGCUCGUAUUGUUCAGUCACUGAAUGGCAAGAUUGGUGUCCAAACGGACCAGAAGGGUGGCGGGACCUCGCUGUCCGUCACGGUUCCGCUAGAGGCUUCUUCACCGAGCAGCAAGGCUGGCGCUCCCAUGCCGGUACCAGCGCGACUCAACGAAUUGACCGCCGGCAUUUUCGACUGUAGAUCAGGCGAGUCGACGACAGCUCAGUCAAAAGCUCAAAGCCUUCUGCUCAAGACCGUCACAAAAUCAUGUCACCGCCAGGGCAUCGAAACAGCUCGCAUUGACCGCACAAGUCUUGCGCGCCCCAGGUAUCUGAAUAUCAUCACGGAAGAGGACUUGCUUCAAUAUCUGCGGCAGUGGGAAGCGGGCGAAGAAGGGGAAGUGCAGCACGCUCUUGCCAGCAAGCCACUAAUUGUCCUCUGCAAGAGCGUAGAUUCCGAAAGACACCUGAGGUCACGGCUUGACAGUGUACCCACCGGCCAUGCUGUGGGAUACGUCGUUCAGCCCUGUGGCCCGGCACGAGUGCGCGAGACCAUUCUCUCAGUCUUUGAGAGAGAAGGGAGCUUCUCCAACAGCAUCUCACGAGAUCUGAAUCACGACGCCGUCUCCGGCGCUCCGAGCACACCACUUAGCACCCGCAGGAUGCCUGUGCGAGCGCACACAACAGGCGAAGCUAGUGUACAGAAGAAGGAGCCCAGCUCAAUCUCCGGCAGUACUAACGACUCAACCUUCAAAAUCAUGGUUGUCGAAGACAACAUCAUCAACCUCCAACUUCUCCUCACCUACGCACGCAAACAAGGCCUCUCGUGCAUCAAAGCCGAAGACGGCAAGCAGGCCUUCGAAGCCUACAAGCUCGCACACGAAACAACCCAACCCGACGUCGCAGACGGUAGCACCUCGCCUUCCCUCCCUCGUGUGAUCCUAAUGGACAUCAACAUGCCCACCAUGAACGGCUUCCAAGCGACGACAGAGAUUCGUGGAUACGAGCGACUACAUGGUCUGAAGCCGGCGAAGAUUCUCGCGCUGACAGGGCUGGGGUCCGCGGAGAGUCAGCGGGAGGCUUAUGCUUGUGGGUUCGAUUUGUUCUUGAGUAAGCCGGUGCGGUUGAAGGAGUUGACGAAGAUUCUGGAGGGGUUUAAAACGGAUGGCUGA